AUGAUGACAGUCACAGAAAACACCGUUUCCCAAAUGUCCCAAACGAUCGAUUAUGCAAACUAUGCAAGUAAUCGAUCAUAUCCAACUACAUUUGACUAUCGUCAUCAUCAGUAUCCUUGGGAAAAGUCGAACUAUCCGACGUAUACCCCGCAUCAAUCGACUUCUUUUUCAACCGGUAAUACUUCGACAAUAAACAAACCUCAGCCAUCGUCAUUUGAUGCAAUUCCGAAUUUAAACAAUACGAAUCCAAAUUUUUAUCGCCGUCAUACUGAAUCGACUUUACCAACGUCAACAUCGAUCUAUCCGUCGACAACCAAUCAAUCUUCGACAAUUCCAUUUCCUUAUUCACAUCCAUCAUCAGAUUUAUUUUUCGGAUGGAAUAAUGGCUCAUCUUUGAUACGUACACACAGUGCUAGUUCAUAUGCAGAUUAUCCCGGAUCAUCUUCAUAUUCGUCCUAUAAUCCAAUUUCAAGUUUAAAUGAUAAAUCUUCUGUGAAUUCACGUAUACCGCCAAUGUCAUCGACAAACACAUAUCCACCGUUUUUCAAUCUCUUGCCUGCAAUGAAUUUUUCAUUGCCGCUACCUUCGGCAGCAUCGGUGCCAAUAUCGAAACGUUCGGUUCCGUCCAAAGUCAACAAACGUGCACGUGUAACAGCUCAUAUUCGUAAUGAAAUUCUUAAAUUGAAGUCCACUAAACCGACGGUGUUUGUUUGGGAAAUUCAACAAAAUCUAUUACAAAAUGGCAUUUGUACCGCCCAAACAUUACCAAACGCCGCUGCUAUUCAACGAGUUCUCAAUGAAUCUUCAAAAGCUGUCGCACCUGUCAAAGAAGAACCCAAAGUAAAUGUCAAUCUUCAGACAAUAUUUAACACGGCAUCUUCUGUUACGAUUUGCCUCUCCCCAUCGCGUUCUCCGACGUUAUCCAAUGGCGAAACAGGUUCCGAAUGUUCGAUUUGUCUCGAAAACUAUCGUAGUGGUCAAGAAGUUAGUAUCUUGGCAUGUUCACACGAAUACCAUUCAUCCUGUAUUGGAGAAUGGAUGUUGAAAAAUCGUUCGUGUCCAAUGUGUCGAAAAGAUAUUCACAAUCAACCGCAAUUCGUUACAUUGCUUAUUUGA